AUGAGAAGAAAGAAAAAUGGACGAGGGAGAAAAAGAGUGAAGAAAAAGGAAAUCGGAGCGGGAGCGGGAAUGGAAACACAAACCAAACCGAGUUUUCCAAAUAUUCCAGAGGAAGUUGUCAUCGAAAUUCUCUCAAGACUUCCCCUCAAAUCUCUUUCUCGAUUCACUUGCGUUUCCAAACAAUGGCGUUCUCUGGUUUCCGCCAUCUUUGCCAAGACAUCCAGAAGGAAGAUGGUUCUCGUCCAAUCCAUUUUAACGUCAGGUACCCUUAUGUUCCACUCCAUCGAUGAAGAGUCUCGCGUGAAACGAGUUGGUAGACCAUGGAAAAAGAUUACGUCUCGUUAUAACCCAGAAAUCUACGGCUCGUGUAAUGGCUUGUUGCUUUUGAAUAUAGAUGAUGACUUGUUCUUGUGGAAUCCCGUCACGCCAUAUUUUAAGAAAGUGUUGUCAUACAAUCCCCUUGGCGAUCGUGGGUUUCUGCGUGGUUUCUGGGCUUUGCUACGACUCUUCGACCAAUGA